AUGUCUGAUAAAUAUUACUUAGGUAUUCUUGAUUAUCUAAUCAUAGUCUUUACCCUCAUAAUUUCUACAGCGAUAGGCAUCAAAUUUAAAUCCAUCGGAAAAGAUACAGGAAAAAUGCGAGAAUACUUCAUGGCCGGAAAAAAUAUGUCAAUGCUUCCAGUGAUCAUGUCUGCAACUGCAACAAUGAUUUCUCCUUUAACUACAAUAGGUAUACCUGCCGAGAUAUACAAAUAUGGCAUACAGCUUUGGUCAAUGAGUUUUGGUGUAGCAGUUGGCAUGAUAUUAGCUGCCUAUGUCUUCGUGCCUAUUUAUUAUCAAAGCGGUGUCUGUACGGUAUAUGAGUACUUAGAAAUGCGUUUUGAUAAGACUACAAGGUAUGCCAUUUCAACUAUGUUCGCAAUACAAAUGAUAUUGUGGAACAGCUCAGUUCUGUAUUCUCCGGUGUUAGCCAUAAAUGCAGUAACUGAUUUACCGCUAGAAAUAUCGAUCUUAGUGUUUGGAGCAAUUUGUUCAAUUUAUUGUGCAAUUGGAGGUUUGAAAGCUGUUCUAUGGACAGAUGUUUUUCAAACAUUUUUAAUGUUUGUCACUGCCUUUAUGCUGCUCACAGCUGGAAUCAUAUAUGGGGGAGGAUGGGAUAAUAUUUUAGACCGCUCUAAAGAAGGCGGGAGAUUAAACAUAUUAAAUUUUCAAGAGGAUUUUACAACGAGAUAUACAUUUUGGAACGGAUUCUUUCAGGGGUUGACCUAUUCAGUUGCAUUGUAUGGUGCUAAUCAGACAGGAGUGCAGCGAUUGCUCAGCUUGAGCAAAAUUGGAAGAGCGAAAUCGGCUCUUUUGAGUAGUGCUCCACUUGUUUUCUUGCUGUGCAUGUUUUCUUGCCUGCAUGGGAUUGCAUUGUACGCUGUUUACUUCAUGUGUGAUCCUAUUAUGAACAAAAAAGAAACAGGCCUUACAAAAUAUGAUCAGAUCGUCCCUUAUUUUCUGAUUUCUAAAUUUCAUUCCAUUCCUGGACUUACUGGGCUAUCUCUAGCAGGGAUUUUCAGUGCAUCCCUUACAACCGUUUCUUCCGUUUUGAAUUCCUUGGCAACCAUCACGAUCAUAGAUUUUGUACAUCCCAUCUUCCAAUCGCUUCGGAGAAACGAAAAUAAAUCCUUGUUGUUAGCUAAAGGACUUUCUCUUGCUUAUGGAGCCAUCUGCAUCUGCGUUGCUUUUGCUUUGACGAAAGCAAAGAGCAUAAGUCAAGUCGGAUUUCUUUGCAAUAACACGUUCGAAGGACCAACUUUGGCCAUCUUCACUAUUGGCGUACUGACAAGAAAAGGUUCUGGCAAGAGUAUAGUGUUUGGUCUCCUUGUUGGUUUAUCAAUAACAUUGUGGAUUGGUUUUAGCAGUUUAUUUAGCGGCUAUAUAGAAAAACCUCUUCCUCUGAGUACCAGCAUGUGUGCAGCAACAUUCAACUUGACACACGAGUAUGCUCUGCUCGGUAUCUCAAAUCUUCCGUCUCCUAAUACUACUAUUUCUUCUGAAAGUGAAAUCUUCAUUUUGAACAAAAUAUCUUACUUUUGGGUGAAACCGAUAGGAUUUGUCAUCACAUUAUGUAGCACUUGCAUAGCUAUAUUUAUAUCAGGUCUGAAAACAGAAGUGGUCCUAUCAGAUUUAAAAUAUCUGAGUCCUGUGGCAAGAUUUUGGACAAAGGAUAAAACCAUCGAUCAACAUAUGGAAAAUGAAAAUAAUUUUAAGUUACAAAGCUUGCCUUCUUCAGAAAGACACAGAACAAGCCUUUAAACUAUCUUUGAGAGUUUAUCAAGUGAAA